AUGUGGAGGGCCGUGAAGCGCUUAGGGUUGCUCGUGGGGUUGGUGGCGGUGGCAGCACUGGUGGCCACCGUUGCCGAUGGCCGUCGUCUUGAGAAGGAUGUGACCUUGGAUGGUGGCCUUGGUGGCAGUAGCGGUGGAGCAGGAGCUAGUGGCGGUGCAAAUGGCGGAGCUGGCAGUGGAGGUGGUGUAGGUGAUGGUGGCACCGGAGGAAAGGGUGGAGGAGGUUCCGGUGAUAGUGCAGGUGGCGGAGCUGGCACUGGGGUGAUGUAGGUGGUGAUGGCGCCGCAGGAGGGAAAGAAGGUGCCGGAGGUUCCGGUGGCGGUGCAAGUGGCGGAGCUGGCAGUGGAGGUGGUGUAGGUGGUGAUGGCGCCGCAGGAGGGAAAGAAGAUGCCGGAGGUUCCGGUGGCGGUGCAAGUGGCGGAGCUGGCAGUGGGGGUGGUGUAGGUGGUGAUGGCGCCGCAGGAGGGAAAGAAGGUGCCGGAGGUUCCGGUGGCGGUGCAUGUGGCGGAGCUGGCAGUGGGGGUGAUGUAGGUGGUGAUGGCGCCGCAGGAGGGAAAGAAGGUGCCGGAGGUUCCGGUGGCGGUGCAAGUGGCGGAGCUGGCAGUGGGGGUGGUGUAGGUGGUGAUGGCGCCGCAGGAGGGAAAGAAGGUGCCGGAGGUUCCGGUGGCGGUGCAGGUGGUGGAGCUGGCAGUGGGGGUGGUGUAGGCGGUGGCAGCACCGGAGGAGGGAAAGAAGGUGGAGCAGGUUCUGGUGUUGGAGCUGGGGGUGAUGGCGCAGUCGGAGGAGGAAAGGGAGGGGAUGGAGGUGAUGGUGGCGGAGCUGGAGGUGGUGGCGCCGGCGGAGGUGGAAAUGGAGGCGGUGGAGGUGCUGGUGGUGUCGCUAGAGGAGGUAAGAGAGGUGGUGGGGGUGGCGGUGGCGGAGGAGGCGGUGGCGGGGGAGGGGGAGGGGGAGGCGGUGGAGGCGACGGUGGCUUCUAG